GUAUCUAUGUUUACAAGACUUGGUCUCUCCAACACCAUUAAUUUCCCAAGAGUAAAAUGCUCUCCUUGUGACAAUUGUCGCCAUUUCGCUGCUCUCUCCUUCUUUGUUCUCUUCCCUUUGUGCUCUUUGUCCCCCCUCCCUAAUUCUCUUCCUUACACUCCGGAAAUUAGUAGCUCCUUUCCUUCCAAACUAACUAUAUAUACACACGCACACACGACCCUAGUGGCGCUUGCCCCUUCUACAAUUCUACCCUGCAACUCCUUAACUCAAACAUGGUCGAAUCCAAUCCACCUCUCCAACUCUCUUAUACAGCUCUUACCCAUCAGAUUCCGGAGCCACUCGAACGUCACACCCCCCAGAGCGGAAUGGAGGAAUGCCAACUCCCUCUCGUAGACCUCAAUUGCUUAAAGAGCGGUGCUGAAAAGGAGAGAUCAGCCUGUUCUUCAGCAAUAUCCACAGCUUCUUCGGAAUGGGGAUUCUUCCAAGUAGUGAACCAUGGCAUAAGCCCUGAGCUUCUCAAGAAUAUGAGAAGAGAACAAGUGAAGUUGUUUCAAACACCUUUCCACAGGAAGGCUACUUGUGGCCUUCUGAACAACUCGUACAGAUGGGGUACCCCAACGGCUACUUGUCCCAACCAAUUCUCCUGGUCCGAGGCUUUCCACAUUCCUCUCACGAAAAUUUCAGAACAAGCUUGCUAUGGCGAGUUCACUUCUCUAAGGGAAGUUAUGAUGGAAUUUGCAGCAGCAAUGUCAAAGCUAGCCAAGUUGCUGGCGGGGAUCCUAGCCGAGAACCUGGGUCACCCAAGGGCAGUGUUCGAAGAAAUUUGUCAUGAAAGCAACUGCUUUCUUCGUUUAAAUCGCUACCCAAGCUGUCCAAUAUCUCCAGAGAUGUUUGGUCUAGUGCCCCACACUGACAGUGAUUUCCUUACAAUCCUUUAUCAAGAUGAAGUUGGUGGACUUCAACUCAUGAAGGAUUCUAAAUGGGUGGCUGUAAAGCCUAAUCCGGAAGCUCUUAUCGUUAACAUUGGAGAUCUUUUUCAGGCGUGGAGCAACGACAUCUACAAGAGCGUGGAGCACAAGGUGAUGGCCAAUGGAAAGAUGGAGAGAUACUCAGUUGCCUACUUUCUUUGCCCGUCAUACGACUCCCUGAUAGGGAGUUGCAAAGAGCCUUCGAUAUAUAGAGAAUUCACUUUCGGGGAGUACAGGGAACAAGUUCGAGAAGAUGUCAAAACAACUGGGCACAAAAUAGGCCUUCCAAGAUUCUUACUUUAAAUUUACAGAUUAGAUCAUUAAUUAACUCACCAUUGACUUGAUCGAGCACCCAAAAUAAAAGAAUAUUUAGGCUCUCUCUGCACUAACUAUCAAAGAACGGCGGGAAAUAGGCAUACACCACUGGCUGUUGGUUUAAGAGAUUCAACUUGCACCCUUAAUUUGUAAUUUUUCCUAUUCCUUGUAUUAAUUACAGAGAGUAGGCCUGUCGUUUUGAUGGAGAUGAUUUUUUACCACGUCAGGUAUUAUAUAUGAAGGUUUUGCACAACCCAAUAAUCCAAUACUGAGACAAAAUAAAUUAUUAUUCUGUUACACCCAGCCAGGAACAGGGACUAAAAGAAAUUAGCUCGAGAGGGAGAACAAGAGUUUUUUGCUGUUUAAAUUAUGCGAUCACCCUUUCUAAUAAACUAUAUAUUAUGUGCAGACUUAUGCCUUUUCUUUUA